UUUGUUGAGUUCUUUAUAUUUUUCUGAAUUUAAUUUGUGAAGUGCUGUGACCAUCUUUCUCCUGCCGUGGUCUGCAUGCUCCUUUCAGUCUGGUUCCAUUUUUUUUCUCCGUCUCUUCCCUUUGGUCAACCCCUCUUUGUCAUAUGUGCCUCUGUCAGUAAUGCAUAUUGCAAGUGCUCUUGACUGUUCCACAGGGCACGAUAACCUGCCUCUAGUGAACCACUGGGAGGUAAAGAGUGGCAGCCUGCCUUCACUUACUCGAGAGGUCAACGACAAUCACUACUUCCCUCCAGUGCAGAACAGCCACCGGCAGCUCAAAUCCCCUUUGCCACAACAGCAGCAGCAGCCUACUAGUCAGGGAAUGGAGCUGGUCAAGGUGUCAACUGACCUUCCUAAUGGGCAGCUGAGGCGGCUGGAGCAGCACCAGCUGCAGCUGCACCAAAUUCAGGAGCGGCAGGAGCAGGAGAGGCAGAAGCGCUUAUGGCUGGAGGGUGCAAGGCAGCGACUAGAGCUUCAGAGGCACUUGCAGAGGCAACAGAGGUUGCGGCACGAGGAAGAGAUGCAACAGCUGCAGCUGCAGAGGCAGCAGCAGCAGCGACAGGAGGAAGAGAGGGAGCUUCUUGAGCUGCAGAGGCAGCAGUGGCAGGAGGAAGAGAGGAAGCAGCUGGAGCUGCAGAGGCAGCGGCAGGAGGAAGAGAGGCAUCGGCUGGAGCUGCAGAGGCAGCAAGAGAAGCAGCGGCUGGAGCUGCAGAGGUGGCGGCAGGAGCAAGAGAGGCAGCAGCUGGAGAUGCAGAGGCAGCGAGAGAGGCAGCGGCAGGAAGAAGACAGGCAACAGCUAGAACUACAGAGGCAGCGGAAGGAAGAAGAGAGGCGGCAGCUUGAACUGCAGAAGCAGCAUCAGGAGGAAGAGAGGAAGCGGGUGGAGCUGCAGAGACAGCAAGAAAGGCAGCAGCUGGAACUGCAGAGGCAGCGGCAGGAGGAAGAGAGGAAGCGGCUUGAGUUGCAGAGGCAGCAGUUUGAGCUGCAGAAGCAGCAGAAGGAGAAAGAGAAGCAUCAGAUGGAGAUGCAGAGGCAGCAGUGGCAAGAGGAAGAGAGGCAGCGGCAGAAGCAACUGGAGAGGCAGCGGCGAGAGCUACUGCAACUGCAGCUCCAUCAGCAGCAACAGGAGCACAGGCAGCGACGGCAGCUCCUGCAGUGGCAGCUGGAGCUGGAGCAGCAGUUCCGGCUUAAAAUGCAGCAACAGUCAAAGACGCCGUCACCCUCAUCCGGCCUCUGCACCAUCUAUGAGGCCAUGGAGACCAGCGAAGACGAAGAUGAGGACAGAAUUCCACGUCAGGACUUCCCAGGAGAGCUGCCCUUGCGGGCUGCCAAUGGGAACCUCCGCCGUCCGCCUCCACGGGAGCUGGACUGGAACACAAAGGUGGAUAUGGUGCAGCAACUAAUCAACCAAGCCCUGCUGCUGGAGGGUGAAGACGGCUGCCCGCCGCUGCUUUACUUGCCAGGGCAGGGAGGGGGCAUCCUCAGCCCACUGGAGAGCAGCCUCUGGCCCCACAUCCUGCCUCAGCUCAGUCCCACAUCUGCCACCAUCACCUCUGUUAGCAGCUACUCUCCGACCAGCCAGGGCAGCUCGCCGCAGGGUGACUGGACCGUAGUUGAGCUCGAAACACACCACUAA